UGCAGUGCAGUUCAGUGUGGCCAGAGAAUUGUGAUUUAUCCAGAAAACUAUAUGCGAUCACUAUGCAGUUGUCUGAAAUAGAUAACGUUAAGAUCUACAAUCUCAGCGUUGGAAAAUCUUUACCCGAUUGGCUAACAGAAAGAAAGAAACGCGCACUAUUGAAAAAAAAUGUUGACCUGAGGCGAAGAAUUGAAUUGAUUCAAGAGUUUGAUAUGCCAGGUGUAAGCACCAGCUUACGGGUAUCUAAGGAUGGGCAAUACAUAAUGGCUGCAGGCAUCUAUAAACCAAGGAUCAAAUGUUACGAUGUCAAUAAUUUGUCCCUAAAGUUUGAACGGUGUCUAGACUCUGAAGUAGUAACUUUCGAAAUAUUGAGUGAAGAUUACUCAAAGAUUGUGUUUUUACAAUGUGAUCGUUAUGUUGAAUUCCAUGUGGGCCAUGGACGUCAUUAUCGCUUACGAGUACCCCGGUUCGGAAGAGACAUUGCAUACCAUCGGCCAUCAUGCGAUCUUUUCGUAGUUGGUGCCUCAUCAGAAGUGUACAGAUUAAAUUUAGAAAUAGGGCAGUUUUUGGCACCAUAUGUCACAAAAGCAACUGAAAUAAAUUGCUGUGCAGUCAAUGAAGAACAUGGAUUAUUAAUGCUUGGAACAGAAUCUGGCCAUGUGGAGGCAUGGGAUCCUCGGACCAAGGCUAGACAGGGAAUACUAGAUUGUGCAAUGCACUGUACAGAUUCAGAAUACAGGAAUGACAAAUUGCCUGCUAUAACAGCUGCAAAGUUUGAUGGUCCCCUCAGGAUGGGUGUAGGCACAUCUACAGGCCAUGUGCUGUUGUAUGAUAUCAGAUCAAGCAAACCUCUUCUUGUUAAAGACCACAUGAAUGAAAUGCCAAUCAAGAAAUUAGAAUUUCAUAAAUCAAUGAAUUAUGUAUAUUCCAUGGACUCUACUGUUGUGAAGAUAUGGGAUAAAAAUACAGGCAAACAAUACACAAGUAUUGAAUCAUCAGUUGAUUUCAAUGAUUUAUGUGUUAUACCAAACACAGGACUAAAUAUGAUGGCUGUUGAGGACCAAAAAAUGCAAAUAUAUUAUAUUCCUUCUCUAGGUCCUGCUCCCAGAUGGUGUGCUUUCUUAGAUAACUUGACUGAGGAAUUGGAGAGCUCAGCAUCACAAACAGUCUAUGAUGAUUACAAAUUCAUCACUAAACAAGAAUUAGAAUCAUUAGGCCUAGACCAUUUACUAGGAACAAAUCUAUUAAGAGCAUACAUGCAUGGAUACUUUGUAGAUGUCAGAUUAUACAAGAGAGCGAAAUCUAUUGCGGAUCCAUUUGCGUUCGAACAGUAUAAGAAACGUAAGAUAAGAGAAAAGAUUGAACAAGAGAGGCCAUCCAGAUUAAAAGUUGAAGAUAACUUACCCAAAGUUAACAGGGAUUUGGCUUCCAAACUUAUGGAAGAUGGCGGGAAGAAGAAGAAGCAAUCUGCUAAUCUUCUUAAAGAUGACCGUUUCAAGGCAUUGUUUGAAAACCCUGACUUUGAGGUGGACAGAGCAGCUGAAGAAUAUCGCUUACUCAAUCCAGUUUUGUCUAGGCUAGAUAAAAACAAGGAAAAGAAAGUGGAAACUGAAUCUAUGCAGGUGGAAGAAACGGAAGAUAAAGACUCUGAUAUGGAAUUCUACGACACUAGUGACGGCGAUAGUUCUGAUGAAGACCGAUCAUGGGUUAAGGAAGUUAAGAAGCAACAUAAAAUAAUUCGAAACAACUCCAGAAAAGAGGAUGAUUCCCAAUUAGCCGAGGAGACUGUUAAUGUAUCAAACAAAGCGCCUAGAACAACACAUACUCUAAAAAGUUUAUCACGAGUUAGCAAAGCCAGCUUAGGAGAUCGUUUAGCAAAAGAGAGCUUUUCAACAAUGGUCACCAACUUUGGAGGUAAUCGCGAAAUGAAGUUUAGUAUGAGAGGCAAGAAAUCAGACUCCGAAAAUAAUAGAAAAAUGAAGAAACAUCAUCAGGAAAGAAAGCAAUUUGUACGGCGAACAGGAUUUCUAGCAAAAAAGAAAAUGAAACCUUUUUAGCAAAAGAGUACAUAUUAAGUAGUAACAAAAAUAAAUCGCCUUCACUAUUUU